GUGUAGGGGAAUGGGGCGAACAUAUUUAGAAGUUCUGGUCUUUUUGUUUCUGUAAUGUUGUACGAAACAACGAGGUUGUAAAAAAAAGAAGAAAUCCUACCUGGCUCCGCUUAGAAAAAAGCAAUCAAUUGGUCGUUAAUUUGUUUGUUGAUAUUUGUUCAAAAAAAAAAAUGUUCUCGGUGGAGUUUGUGUGUAUUCCAUCAUUCUUUUUCUUUCUUUUUUUAUUUCUUCUUUUUGUAAUAUAAUAAUAAUAAUAAUAAAAAAAAAAAAAAAAAACUUGUAUAAAAAAAACAUAAUAUAGAAAAUAAAUUAUACAUAUAUGGGUGCAGUUAAUUCUAAGAAAAAAGAAGUCAAGGCCUAUGCCAGUAAAUACAGUAAUUCUUUAAUGCAAUAUAGUUCAUCUACUACUUCAUCCCAGCAACAACAACAAACAACAUCUUCUACCUCACAUAAAAAAGUAACUGAAACCAAUGAUAGCUUAAAAACAAAGACAUCGAUUUAUUCUACGGAUAGUGCAACCACGCCAACUUCAAAUACGACAGCCAAUAGUAGUAAAAACACCAGUGUCAAUCAAAAAAGCGUUGCUCCUCCCAUUCCUUCAUCCACUAACACCACUACCACCACCUCCACCCCUAAUUCCACCUCUGAGCCACGUCCCUUUUUUUCAGAAACAAAUUCCGUGCUUCAAAAUGCACAUCAAUCCAAUAGUUUCUAUUUACCAAAGGAUUGGGAUUUGAAGGAAUAUCAAUACAAUCUUCAUUUCGCGCUAAAGAGUUUAUUCGGAGGAAAUGUAACACCAAGUGUAACACCAAGACUAAAGAAAGGCGCUCGUGUGGUUCAAAUGGGUACAUGCUCAGGCCCAUGGAUAAUGGAUAUGGCCACUCAAUAUCCCGAGUGUCACUUCACAGCAGUCGAGGUGAUACCCAAUAGUUUACAAGCUUUACCUUCCUUACCAAACAUCAGCUUUCAACGCGAUCAAUUGUUCACACAGGGCUUAGAUUUUCCCGAUGAAUCGAUUGACUAUGUUCAUUUAAGAAGUAUGGGCUUGAGUAUCAAUGCAGAGAAAUGGCCUCUUUUGUAUGCCGAACUUCGACGAAUCUUAAAACCUGAUGGAGUUGUCAGAUUGGAAGAAAUACAUCACGCCCCUGCAGGCACAGUCAUGAUUGAAUCGUUUAUUGAAACACUACGUCAAAUCUUGGCCGAUCAUAAUCAAGAUUACGAUAUCGCACCCAAACACGGAGCCAUCUUGCAAGAAAAUGGAUUUCAAGUGUUGGAGUCUAAAAAAAAGACAGUCGUUUAUGGCAGUGAUGAUAAAGUAAGUGAAGAUCUCGUCAUUGUAAUUCUCAAUGGGUUUGAAGAUUUGGGAAGUGUACUUGCACCUCGAUUAGGACUCGAUAUUGAAGAUUAUAGACAUCGUGUCGAAAUGAUUUGUGCUCAAUGUGUAAAAAUUAAUGCUCACAUGAAUUGGUAUUCAUGGGUAGGAAAAAAAGCCUCUACUACUAUCUCCAACUAAAAUUUACUUUAUUUAUGCUUUAUCAUGUUUUAUGCCUUUCAUUAAUAAAAAAAACUGUUUUGAAUUUUUAA